AUGGAACAACAACCAACGGAACAACAACAACCAACAUCCAACGGAACAACAACCAACAUCCAACGGAACAACAUCCAACGGAACAACAACAACCAAAAUCCAACGGAACAACCACCAACGGAACAACAACCAACGGAACAACCACCAACAUCCAACGGAACAACCACCAGCGGAACAACCAACGGAACAACAACCAACAUCCAACGGAACAACCACCAACGGAACAACAACCAACUUCCAACGGAACAACCACCAACUUCCAACAGAACAACCACCAACAUCCAACGGAACAACCACCAGCGGAACAACCAACGGAACAACAACCAACAUCCAACGGAACAACCACCAACGGAACAACAAUCAACAUCCAACAGAACAACAAUCAGCAUCCAACAGAACAACAACCAAAAUCCAACGGAACAACCACCAACGGAACAACAACCAACGGAACAACAACCAACAUCCAACAGAACAACAACCAACAUCCAACAGAACAACAACCAACAACCAACGGAACAACAACCAAAGGAACAACAACCAACAUCCAACGGAACAACAACCAACAUCCAACGGAACAACAACCAAAGGAACAACAAACAACAUCCAACGGAACAACAACCAACAUCCAACGGAACAACAACCAAAGGAACAACAACCAACAUCCAACGGAACAACAACAACCAAAAUCCAACGGAACAACAACCAAAGGAACAACAACCAACAUCCAACAACCAACAUCCAACAGAACAACAACCAACAUCCAACGGAACAACCAACAUCCAACGGAACAACGACCAAAGGAACAACAACCAACAUCCAACGGAACAACAACCAAAGGAACAACAACCAUCAUCCAACGGAACAACAACCAACGGAACAACAAUAACCAAAAUCCAACGGAACAACAACCAAAGGAACAACAACCAACAUCCAAUGGAACAACAACCAACGGAACAACAACCAACAUCCAACGGAACAACAACCAAAGGAACAACAACCAACAUCCAACGGAACAACAACCAAAGGAACAACAACCAACAUCCAACGGAACAACAACCAAAGGAACAACAACCAACAUCCAACGGAACAACAACCAAAGGAACAACCAACUCCGAUUCGGGAACGAAACAACCAACAUCCAACGGAACACCACCAACAUCCAACGGAACAACAACCAACAUCCAACAUCCAACGGAACAACAACCAACGGAACAACAUCCUAACAGAACAACAACCAACAGGACAACAACCAACAUCCAACGGAACAACAACCAACAUCCAAUGGAACAACAACCAAGGGAACAACAACCAAAGGAACAACAACCAACAUCCAACGGAACAACAUCCAACGGAACAACAACAACCAAAAUCCAACGGAACAACCACCAACGGAACAACCAACAUCCAACGGAACAACAACCAACAUCCAACGGAACAACCACCAGCGGAACAACCAACGGAACAACAACCAACAUCCAACGGAACAACCACCAACGGAACAACAAUCAACAUCCAACAGAACAACAAUCAACAUCCAACAGAACAACAACCAAAAUCCAACGGAACAACAACCAACAUCCAACGGAACAACAUCCAACAGAACAACAACCAACAUCCAACAGAACAACAACCAACAUCCAACGGAACAACAACCAAAGGAACAACAACCAACAUCCAACGGAACAACAACCAAAGGAACAACAACCAACAUCCAACAGAACAACCAACAUCCAACGGAACAACAACCAAAGGAACAACAACCAACAUCCAACGGAACAACAACCAAAGGAACAACCAACAUCCAACAGAACAACAACCAAAGGAACAACAACCAACGGAAAAACAACCAAAUGA